ACCUUUGAGCCUUUUCUCACCGUUAAUGAUCACUCUACUUUAACUAUGAAUACAAACACUUCAACUUCUAACCAGUCCUCUUACUCUUUUAAUCAAGCAAAACACCAUACCUCCAGAAAACAACAAACUGAUAGGGACCCUGUGCCUGUCCCAGUUAGUGUGAGAAAAACUACAAAAUUUCCCACACUGAUCAUCACAACAAACACCACUUUCAAUUUGGUACAACAAUUUACCUCAGCAGUCAACCUACAACCAUCUAAUCUUUCGGGGCUCUCCAAACCCAAGAACAUAUUUACAACUAAGCCCAACCUAUUAACAGCUAACAACCUAGCCUUUUUACCUAACUCUACUGCCAACUCUUAUCAAGAUCUACCUAUGGACACUCACUCGAAUGCUAUAAUUAAAUCCUUACCAAAAAAAUCUUAUACUACUGCACUUACAGAUAACCAAAAAGUUAAACCUAAAUAUAAAUAUUCGGGCCAUCAAGACUUUCAAUACCUUAAUCGAAACAAACCAUCCCUCCUACUAUCCACACUUGAUGAAAUCAAAGCUAUAAUUAAUUAUAUAUCUAUACUUGAACCAAUUAUCCUACCAGCUACUUCUCAACAGCAAGUCAAAACUGCUAUUGCAUUUUUACAUACUCACUUUACCUUCAGAGAGGUUCACUUCCACAUUAUCAAUAUCCCUGAACUCCCUGUAUCUAAAUGGAAACUUUUUAACAAUUAUGUUCCUGAUAA